AUGUCGCCCGCCCAUGCCGCACGGCUUCGUAGAUCCCUCACCCGAUGCCGAUCGAGGCACGCGCUGUCGCCCACCUGCGAAGUGCAUAGUCAGAACCUCAAGGGCACUGCCUUUGAGAAGUUCAUCGGCAAAGGACAGGCGAAGAACCUCUUCUUCAAAGUGCCCUCAGGCGGAGGUCCCUUGAAGAAUCGACUCUUCUUGGUGUGCGCGCUCGUGGAGACCGAUGUGGAUAACAAGGCGCUCUCAGCUCGCAUGGGCAUCAAAGCCUCUGCACCAUUGAGAUUCGCCUCUGAUGAUAUUUUCGAUGAUGUGCUUCAAAUCCCCAAAGGUUCUGUCAACCCCUUUGUGAUGGCUCAAUCUUCCUGUUCGGACGUCUUCCUCCUGCUGGACAAGCAGUUUCAGAAGUGUGAAGGUUUGCUCUUUCAUCCCAUGCAAAGCGACUGGACCACGUGCCUCUCUCCGGAGCAGUUGGACGCCUUCCUGACCCACGCCGCACCCGGACGUGUUUUGUAUGUGGAUCUCUCUUCAAGUGAUAAGAUCGACGUGCCGGCAUUGGCACCUAAAGCGACACCAGUGAGCACUGGGCCCAAAGCGCCCAGCGCUGGGCCAAGCAGUGCGCUUGCGAGCGGUGGAAGCACCACGCAGACGAGCGGUUCAUGGUAUAGCCCUCCCUACCAGAGCCUCACAUGCACCAUGAUGCAUGACUGUGAUGGGUUGGACUCUCUGAGCUGGAAAAAGGUUGGAAAAAAAGGAUCCCAACUCCACGACGGGUCGACGGUCGAGAAGCUCGACGGUGACAGUCGGUCGUGA